AAAACAGGUCGAAGAGCGAGUUUUCCAAGGCUGAAAACAAAAUAAACAUGGCCAGCGUCGAUAGAAAUCUCGAGGAGCUAAUGGCUCAUCUGGGUGAAUUUGGUAAAUAUCAGUGUUGGCAAUUCUCUCUGCAUAUUCUUGGCGCUUUAACUGCAGGCUUGCAUAUGCUAACGUUGCUUACUGUCGCGGCUGUCCCGCCUCAUACGUGCAACAUUCCCGAAUCCACGUUCACGAUGGACACGAUAAACUUCACAUCUUCAAAUUUAAACUCCUCCACAAACUUAGACGGCCUUUCCCGUGCAAUCGACGCGUGUCACUAUCUGGACAGUGAUAAUGCAAUGCAGCAAUGCGAGUCGUGGACGUACGACACGCAAUACUUUCAAUCAUCUCGCGGAAUGGAGUGGAAUUUCGUUUGCUCGCAAAGAUGGAUGGGCGCAGUAGCUCAGUCCUCCUACAUGUUCGGCGUGUUCAUCGGAGCGGUAACAUUGGGCAGUUUAGCGGAUAAAUACGGCAGAAAGAUAAUAUUCUACGUGUCUGCUGUUGCUCAGCUUGUUCUUGGAGUAACAGUAGCCUUGGUCAAUAAAUACUACAUCUUCCUGAUUCUGAGAUUCUUGUACGGUAUCUUUGGUUCCGCCGGUGCUUACAUAACAGGCUUCGUUCUGACAAUGGAACUGGUUGGAGCGUCGAAGAGGACCGUUUGCGGAGUGAUGUUUCAGCUAGCGUUCGCCGUUGGAUUCAUGCUGGUAGCUGUUUGGGGUGCUGUGAUAAAAGAUCGAAUGUGGCUGCAAAUCGUAUACGGCCUGCAUAGCGUGACUUUGGUUGGCCACUGGUGGCUAAUGGACGAAUCUCCGCGGUGGUUGUGGGCUCAAGGUCGUGUCAGCGAAGCUCUGAUAAUCGUACGGAAAGGUCUCAAGAUGAACGGGAACAACGUGGACAUAGACACGGCAAAAUUGAUCAGCGAAGGAAAGGUGCGACACGUGAAUCAAGAGGAACGCUCUUACGGGGCACUGGAUCUUUUUAAAACACCGAAUCUCAGAAAGAAGACGUUGAACGUAUGUCUGAACUGGUUCGCCAAUUCCAUCGUUUACUACGGCCUGUCUUUGAACGCGGGUAACUUGGUUGGCAAUCCGUUUCUCAUGCUAUUUCUGAGCGGUCUGGUAGAGCUACCUUCCUACAUCCUAAUGUGCUUCCUCAUGGAUCGUACCGGAAGGAGAUGUAUGGUUAGCACUUUCAUGCUAAUCGGAGGCAUGUGCUGUAUAAUUGCCUCGAGUAUCCCAAGUGGUACCGAUGCAGCCGCUACAACAAUAGUGACGAUCGUUCUGUUUGGAAAGGCAUGCAUAGCAGGCUCGUUUGCGGUUAUUUACAACUACACUGCUGAACUGUUCCCCACAGUAGUUAGGAACACGGCAUUAGGAAUUGGCUCGAUGUGUGCGCGUCUCAGUGGUGCCCUGACUCCAAUGAUAAUGCUCUUGGACUCGCUCAAUCCUAAAGUGCCCGCGGUGUUGUUCGGUUUCGUUGCUCUAGUGUCUGGUUUCCUGUCGCUGUACCUGCCCGAGACUGUGAACCAACCGAUGCCAGAGACCAUCGAGGAUGGUGAACAGUUUGGGAAGCACGACACGUGCUUCACUACAUGUUUAGGUUCAAAUAGGAAAGACAGUGCUAGUUACGAAGUUACGAUGGAUCAAUUGGCUGAUAAGGACGAGAAAGAAAAGCUGAAUCAGGAAGAGAGCACGAGGGAAAAUUCUCGUUAA